GGGGGGGGGCGGGAGCCCCCGCCCCGGCGGAGCACAGCGCGCUGGGCUGCGGAUGGAGGGAAGCCGCGCUUCUCCCCGGUACGGAUCCAUGGAAUCCACCCGGUGGCCGCCGGCCGGAGCGGAGCCAGAGGCUGAGAUCGUGUCCAUGGCCGACUCCACCACCACCAUCGAUGACAUCGAGGGAGAGCUCUUCAGGAUCGAGCGGAUCCGGGAGAUCCUGGUGCGCAGGGAGUCGGAGCUGCGCUACAUGAUGGACGACAUCCAGCUCUGUAAGGAAAUCAGCCGGCUGAAAACAGAGCUCCAGAAACUCCUGGUCCUGCCAGAGAACCAGAAAUCCAACGAGGAGAAGCAGAGGGAAGAGGAGCUGGUGCAGCAGAUCCACAAGCUGGUGGAAACGCGGGAUUUCCUGGUGGAUGAUGUGGAGUUUGAGAGGCUCAGGGAAAGGGAAGAAGACAAGGAAAUGGCCGAGUUCCUGCAGAGCAAGCUCUCCAAAAGCUACCUCCAGAGAGCAACUCCUGUCCGAGAGAAGAAGAUGACAUCGAGGGGACAGCAAACCUCGGCUCCCUACAUGAGCAAGACGGGCCUGACCCUGCUCAAGGAGUGCUGUGGCUUCACCUGCUCCAUCAUGUAGGGCAUUGCCAGCCCCUGGCACAGGACACAGCUGUGGUAGAGGCACGCGCUGGGAACCUGGAUGGGCUGAUCCCAUCCUGGAGCUGAUCCCAUCCUGGAGCUGAUCCUGUCCUGGAACUGAUCCUGUCCUGGAACUGACUCCAUCCCAGACCUGAUCCUGUCCUGGAGCCAAUCCUGUCCUGGAACCGAUUCCAUCCUGGAUCUGAUCCCAUCCCGGAGCCGAUCCCAUCCUGGAGCUGAUCCCAUCCUGGAGCUGAUCCUGUCCUGGAACUGAUCCUGUCCUGGAACUGACUCCAUCCCAGACCUGAUCCUGUCCUGGAGCCAAUCCUGUCCUGGAACCGAUUCCAUCCUGGAUCUGAUCCCAUCCCGGAGCCGAUCCCAUCCUGGAGCUGA